UUCUCUAAUCCUUUUGUGUUUUGCUUUUUUUUUUUUUUUUUUUUUUUUUGCACGGUGUAUGUGUGCCUGCGCGCAUUUCUUUACUUUCCAACAUUUCCUUUUUAAAGCCCGGAACAGGAGAGAGCGCUGCCGCGUGCGGGGCGGGGGAGAGGCGGGGACCCCGGAGGCGGUGCGGUGCGGGCUCCUGCCCCUGCUGAAGUGGGCGACUGCGGCUUUAAGGAAAAUGCGGAGGGCUGGCGAGGAGUGGGGGUUAGGGACAGGGGAGGGGUGGGAAGGGUAGGGGUGCGGGGAGGAGCCCUGAUGUAAGAAUGUUAAUGACAGGCUCCCCCAGCCCAGCCCCCCCACCCCCACCCGCUGGAAAUACAAGCCCGGCCUCGGCGCGCCAUGUGUGGUAACACGCUCCGCCGCUGCCACGCUAUUUAAACGCGGGCUAUGGAUCCAGGAACCGGCGCGAAUCAAUGAGAUCAAACGCGAGGGAGAUGCACCGUCAAUUACAAGCACUGGGACAAGUCUAACUUUUUUUUCUUUUACAAAUACGCUUUCAAAAGCAAUCUUUGCAACGCCCAAAUAGGAAGCCAUCUCUGAGCAAAAUAGUAUAUAUAAAGGGAGGACGAAUAUAUAUAUUUAUAAGUAUAUAUAUAAAUAUAUUGCAGGCAUACAGGUUUACACCCGGUGAACUUUUUCUUCUUUUUCUUUUCUUUUCUUUUUUUCUUUUUUUUUAAAACGAGUGAGAUUGCAAAGAAGGACUCUUCCUCUCUAUCUUUUGGCAAGUUAGUGGAGGGGGUAUUCUGUUUUCUUAGAGCGCCCAAGGGGGCGCAGGGACCUGGGAGAGAAGAGUGGGGAGGAAAGAGGAAGGGUGGGUGGGGGGCAGAGGGCGAGUCAGCAGCGAGGGUAGGCGCUUUCCUGCGGCACGAUGCCGUCCCUGCUGGUGCUCACUUUGUCCGCGUGCGUCCUGCUCAGCUGGGCGUUGCUGGCUGGCAGCACGGGUGGCGGUGGCGGCGGGGGCGCGGGCCCGGGCGGCGGGCGCCGGGAGAGAGAGGCACUGCCGCCUCAGAAGAUCGAGGUGCUGGUGCUGUUGCCCCAAGACGAUUCGUACCUGUUCUCCCUGGCCCGGGUGCGGCCGGCCAUCGAAUACGCGCUGCGCAGCGUGGAGGGCAACGGGACCGGGCGGCGGCUUCUGCCACCCGGCACUCGCUUCCAGGUGGCCUACGAAGACUCAGACUGCGGCAACCGCGCACUCUUCAGCCUGGUGGACCGCGUGGCGGCGGCGCGGGGCGCCAAGCCGGACCUUAUCCUGGGGCCGGUGUGCGAGUAUGCGGCGGCACCGGUGGCCCGGCUUGCAGCGCACUGGGACCUGCCCAUGCUGUCGGCCGGGGCACUGGCCGCCGGCUUCCAGCAUAAGGACACUGAAUACUCACACCUCACGCGCGUGGCGCCCGCGUACUCCAAGAUGGGCGAGAUGAUGCUCGCCUUGUUCCGUCACCACCAGUGGAGCCGUGCUGCGCUGGUCUACAGCGACGACAGGCUGGAGCGGAACUGCUACUUCACCCUCGAGGGGGUCCACGAGGUCUUCCAGGAGGAGGGCUUGCACACGUCCGCCUACAAUUUCGAUGAGACCAAAGACUUGGACUUGGACGACAUCGUGCGCUACAUCCAGGCCAGUGAGAGAGUGGUGAUCAUGUGUGCGAGCAGCGACACCAUCCGGGGCAUCAUGCUGGCAGCGCACAGGCACGGGAUGACCAGCGGAGACUACGCCUUCUUCAACAUCGAACUCUUCAACAGUUCUUCCUACGGAGAUGGCUCUUGGAAGAGAGGAGACAAACACGACUUUGAAGCUAAGCAAGCAUACUCAUCCCUCCAAACAAUCACUCUACUGAGGACAGUGAAACCCGAGUUCGAGAAGUUUUCCAUGGAGGUGAAAAGUUCUGUUGAGAAGCAAGGGCUCAAUGAAGAGGAUUAUGUUAACAUGUUUGUGGAAGGAUUCCAUGAUGCCAUCCUCCUCUACGUCUUGGCUUUACAUGAAGUACUCAGAGCUGGUUAUAGCAAGAAGGAUGGAGGGAAAAUUAUCCAGCAGACUUGGAACAGAACAUUUGAAGGUAUUGCUGGGCAGGUGUCCAUAGAUGCCAAUGGAGACCGCUAUGGGGAUUUCUCUGUGAUCGCCAUGACUGACACGGAAGCGGGCACCCAGGAGGUUAUUGGUGAUUACUUUGGAAAAGAAGGUCGUUUUGAAAUGCGGCCAAACAUCAAAUAUCCUUGGGGACCUUUGAAACUGAGAAUAGAUGAAACUAGAAUUGUGGAGCACACAAACAGCUCUCCUUGCAAAUCAUCAGGCGGCCUAGAAGAAUCAGCCGUGACAGGAAUCGUUGUGGGGGCCCUACUAGGAGCUGGUUUGCUAAUGGCCUUCUACUUUUUCAGGAAGAAAUACAGAAUAACCAUUGAGAGGCGAAACCAGCAAGAAGAAAGUAACAUUGGAAAACAUCGGGAGUUACGGGAAGAUUCCAUCAGAUCCCAUUUUUCGGUGGCUUAAAAGGAAGUCUUUUCUUUCAGCCUGAGAUUCUUUAAGGAGAUAGAUGGGAUGAAAGACAUCAAUGGAACAGAAGGGGCGCUCUUGAAGAACUCAUUCUUUUAAGCAGUUAGUCAUUUCAUUUUAAAAUUUCUUUAGAAGCUCAGGAAUUAUUAUUAAUCACCAUAUGCCUCCCGGCCUUUCAUCUCACGACAAACACAUAUAAGAAUAUAAUGUCAUUCUGUUAAAUGUUCAUAGUGUUUCAAGGGCAUAUGAUUAGGUUUAUGUUUUGAAAAUUUGAUGUCUCCGUAUCUUGAUGGCUUUUGGGGGCCUUUCACACAAGGCUAGGGAAUGUGGUUUUCUUAAAUGAAAUGUUUAUGGCUAGAAUAAAAUCAUUUUUACAAGUAGAGUAUACUCGGAAAGAAUUUAACACCCAAGAAGAGGAAAAUGUAGUGAAAAUCUCAAGGUUGGACAUACAGCAUUCCUUUCUAUAGUGCUGGCCGACAGAUUCGAGGUUGAGGAUUGCUCUGUCCACUGUGUUCAUUCAGGUCCUGACUUCAUAUCUCAGAAAAGGAUUUGCUCUCUGUCUCCUUCAGUGUCUCAUAAAAGCUGCUCUGGAAAGUUGUAACUGUUAAUGAGAUAAGAGGAUUUAUACAAAAAGCAAAUCUAAAAUGUUUCAUUUUUUAAUGUAAAAAAAGAGCCCUAUUUCACACUAACAUUUUAUUUUUAAGUAUUUUAAUCUUAUAUUUUACUAUUAGAAAAUGUGUCUAUUUUUUCAUUUUGAAGAUUAAAUUUCACUUAUAUUUUAAAAGCGUGGGUGAAGUGUACAACAAACCAACAAUGAUGGAAGAUGCUUCUCUUUUUCUCCCUGUUUCCCUCUCCCCCUUGGCCAUAGCCAAAUCUAAUUGCUGCUGUAAUUAUGAAGAUCUAGAAAUGUAUUUGGAUUACAGAUGCCACAGGAAUACAUCAAUUUGCCUGUUUUAAAUGCAUGUUGUUUUAGCAUAGACCCCUUCUAAUUCUGGCCAAGUGAUGAGUUUUAAGAUCACAGGUGAAACUUACUAGAAUUAAGUAUGGUUUUGUAAAGGGAGACAGCCCUUUUUGCUCCAGAACAACUUUAUAGAGAGUUAAAACUUGACAGUAAGCACAGAAAUGAUAAAUUAAAAAAAAAUGUGUACAUGAUAUUUUACCAAAAUUUGCAGUGAUGGUUUUGAUUAAAAGAGAGAAUCUAAAAGCCACUAUAUUCCCUUUCAGUUCCCUCCACAGCUUUGUAGUCAUCCACUAAUAACCUGUUAACAGGGGGUGGGUGUGGAUAGAAGCAAUCUGGAUAAAACUGAGUAAAUAUUUAUUGAAUAUCUACUUUGCACCCGGUACUCUGCAUGUAGGUUUAAACUCAGGUUGCCACUUUCAUUUUUAAUUUGUGGAGGAAAUAGACAGUGAGGGAAGAAUGGGAAGUUACUGGAUUAGUGGACCAUCAUGUAAUUAUGUCAGUAGAGUCUUUCCUCAAUAAGAUUUUGAGCAUCUGGAAAAUAGUUUUAAAAACUAUCUUAAUGUCUAUGAGAGAUCAUGCAUAGGGAGGAAGAUAGGGGAAUUUAAGAAAAUAAGGGAAAAUAGGAAUCUGAGCAAUUCCUUUUAGUAAUGGAGGGCGUAGUUCCCACAGGGGAUGGUGGAGUCAGGGUGGGGGAGAGCUGCGUGUCCUGGAAGUUGGUUUGAGCGUGUUUCGCUGGAGGAGUCUGCCUCUGUCACUCUUGUGUGAGCCAGUCAAAGUGAAUGGGUUAUUUCUGCGGGAGGCACAUUUCCCUUCUAUUGUUUAAAAAUGGGACGCGGGCAGCUGGAGAAUAUGAUAAAAGAAUUAAUUAUGAUUAACUGAAACAACUAUGUUGUAGUUUUCCAUGCUGGAUGCAAAGGAAAAAGUGCUGAAUUCAAAAAAGGAUGGAAAAAGAAGGCAAGAAAGGCAAGUUCCAGAAAUUCUAAUGUAGGAAGAGAGUUUGGGAAGUGAAAUCCAGGAAGGCAAAACGUUAACAGCUCAGGACUCUGCUAAGUGAAAAGAGAAUGGAAGGUUUGCAUCCAUCUAUUUUUGUGAAUUGAGAGCUUGAGAAACUUGGUUAAGUUUUGAAAACUCCCUUAAGUUGGAAACAUUUGCUAAAAGUGUAGGUGUUUGGCCCAAGGCUAUCCUGGGUUAAGACCUCUGGAGAUUAUAAUUUAGGAUUUAAGUUCCUAACUGCUAAGCAACAUCUUUGACAACUAGUCAUUCAUACUCUGCCAGUAGCCACAUAUCAUACAGUAAAAUAAAUAGGGCUUUAGUUCUUAAAUCAUUCUAUUAAUUUUUACCCUGGAAUCCAGGGUGUUCAGAUUUUAAAAGGGAUACUUUAUCAGUAUUUUCUCAUCUGGCCAGACAUAAGCUGACAUUGUUACAGGUCAAAAUGAAUAUAUACUUUUUGUAUACUCUAAUGGCGUUGGAAAUAAGUAUAGAUUUUAUGGUCAUCAUUGUCACCUUCUUAGAUUUUUUUUCUGGACUCAGAAAUGAAAGCUUUCUCCAGAUGAUCACUUCUAUCCAGAAAGAACUUUCUGUAUGGAGUGCAUAUCUUCCCCCAGACUGACCACAGGUCCCGCGAGGAAGCCCCUGUAAACAUUACAUUUCUCGGAAGAACCAUCAGCUUGUCCUUUCCUGAACCACAGGCAUGGUUCCACCGGCUUUAAAGUAGUUCUUUACAUUUCAGAAGCUGUGUUUAAUGGAGUGAGGGCAGAAAUGUAUGGAAAGAGAAUGCCUCCUUUUCUCCUCUUCCCUAAUUUCAAAGACUUUUGCUUUGGAAUGUCCGGUCACUUCUCCGUAUUCACAGGCUUCUGGGAUCAUUAACUUAUUCAAGGCACCUGUGCCCUCUUUGACCCUAAUUUACCACUUUCCUGUGGUUGUCCCUGAUUUGGGGAAUGUAAGAUACACUGUUGGCAGUGAAAUUAAGGCCUUGCGUAGACCUCACACAGACAGUGAUAGGAAUUCAGAAAGUAGGUUCCAGUGACAUCACCACUUUCUUGUGAGUAAAUAUACAGUGGCUGUGUGUGGAAGCCUCUUUAGGAGCCCAAACAGAAUAUUAUGCCACUGGUAUUAAGGGAGUGUUUGUAAACUGAAAGGAAUACACACGCAUGUUUCUUGGAACACAAAGAACUCAGAUCCUGAGUGGAUACAGUCAUAAAGCCAAAUGCCAACCAAAAUUAGGCUCCUCGAUCUCUGUUUUGUGGCUCUUGUUUAGUUGUGCCCUAUGGCUCAGUGGUUCACGAGGAAGCUGAUAAUGUGCUGAACUUCUUCAGUGGCAAAACCUGAAACUGUCUAAAAACAUGGAAUGUGUUUUAGGGGCCAGUGUGGAAGCAGAGAGAAAGAGAUGGUGCCGUUCAGAGAGAUUUGUUUCUUUUCAGAUCUCGAGAACUAAAGAAUAACCAAUAAUUUAGUCCCUCUUCAACAGCCAGACUCAGCAAGGAGCUUGGGACACACCCAGCAAGAAGAAUCAGGAGCUUGGUCCUCCAAAAGAAAGAGAAGUGGGUAGUAUUGCAAGCUGCCACCAUCUUUACCACUCCAUCCUCCCCCACUCCCACCAUCCAUCAUGGCUCCAAAGACGCAUUGGCAUCUUGCCCAUGCAGGUAGAAGAAACUUGGGAGUAGGACCUCCAGACUUCCUCAGAGCAAAAGAAGACAAAACAGUGCUGGCUGUAAGAAUGCAGCUGGCUUUUGAUCAGAACCCUUAUGCUAACUUGACCACACACACUCUUGGGGCAGUUCAAGCCUGUGAUGUGCGUAUGCUCCAGGAAGCCUGGCUUGGUUGUCAGCGUGUAGAGCUCACAAAUAUCUCUUGCAGGCGUACCCUACAGCUAGACUCUAGGAUGAAAAUGACUUUCAAAAGGUGCUGGAUUUGAGUUUGUUCAAAUUUCUCAUUAACCACUAAUGUUAAUUCAUACCAGAGGCAAAGCAAUUCUAAACCAGCUGAUGCUGUUAGGUUCGUGUUUUAAGCUACUUCAAACACAGUGAAAGGGUUGCAAUGGGAGCCAAGUCUCAGAAGUAAAAAUCCAUAUGUUCUAAUAGCUCUUUGAUGUAUCAGGUGUGGGAUGAUUCUUCCGGGAGAAAUUUGAAUCAGCAGAAUUAAGUGUUAACGAAAAUCCUGCAUUGCUUUGAUUCACAUAUUUAAAGACCUAGAUUUCUAUGCACAAGGAAUAAAGGGCCCAUUCACCAAAUGCGAGUCACAACAUAAACUACCAAAUUGUUUUUUAUUUGCUAGGAACACAAAGCUGUCAUUGCACAUAAUAAUUGGGCAGAGAAGGUUGAGAAAAAGGAAAAUUUGGAUUUUGAAACAGGAUGUCCUAUUUAUCAUUCAAUGCCAAGAUUUGAAAAUGUUCAGUGUGGUGUGGCUUAUUUAUAAGACAGCAAUGAGGAGCCCUAAAAGCCUGGAGAUGCUGUGAGUUUCCAGACCUUUUUGCUGGGUCCUGGGAAUCCGAGCUUUGUUCCCUGUGCAUGGUGAAUAAUUGAAACCAAGAGGACACGGUGUAGACACUGUGGAAGAUUACUUCCGCAGCCCAUGUCUUCUGGGCCCUAUUAUUCAUUGUUAAUUUAAAUACAGGACUACCAAAACAUAGACACCUACCAUGAGUCUGGUAGAAAAACAAAAGUAAAAGCUGCACAAGCUACAUACAGUUUAUUAUUCUAAUGUAAGUAGAACUAUCUGCAUAUAAUGUGAUUUAAUUUAUUGUUGUUUUGUGUAGAAAAUGAAAAUUAAUGACUGUGGAUAUGACCCCUGUUUUGUAUAAUAUAUUUUAUUUCUGGUGCAAACUGGUCAUUUAAAGUAUCUACUUCAUUUGGUGUUUGGAUAUAAAUGUGUAUGUGUUCUUGUAAAUGUUUCUAUUAAGCAAGAAUGCCACAUGCUCACAGUAUAACAAUGUGUUCUCAUUAAAAAAUACAUCCCACAGAAA